AUGAGCAAAGGAGAACCCACAAAAGUGGUGGCCAGGGUGAAGGAAGAGGAACUAAAUGACCUGUACGACUGGGUCAGCAGUUUUAACCUGUCCAGAAAAAUAAAAAAUAUACACAGAGAAUUUUCAGAUGGAGUUUUAAUGGCAGAACUUGUAAAUAUAUGUUUACCCAAGUUAGUUGAAUUGCACAAUUACAGUAAGGCAAAUUCAAUUAGCCAAAAAAGGUAUAACUGGAAUACAUUAAAUGAGAGAGUUUUUCGCAGGAUGGGUUUUCGAAUUGACAAAAGACAUGUGGAAGAAAUUGUUAAUUGUAAAUAUAUGGGUGUGGAGAAGGUGCUGAACACGUUUAAAAAUCAGCUGCAUAAAUUCCAGAGCUCUGAAAUGGAGGUGGAUGCUUCGGGCAGUUUGGGGGGAGAUGACCAGACCAGAUCGUUUAACGAGGAAGAGUCUCCCCUUGCCGAGGGGACAGGAGACCAAUCAAGCCAGAGUGCCGAGUUCCUCAACGACGAAAUUGUGAAGAUCCUGCGCGACAAAAUUUUCAACCUGGAGAAGCUUCUCAAGAUAAAGGUGAGCCAGAAACAGUAUAGCGCCACCACCCCCGUUGUAGCCGUUGGUGAGCCCAGCCACACGGUAGAAGGCAUAAGGAGCAAAAAUUUAAGUCUAAACGCUAAAGUCUAA